CUGUGUGCUGUCAAUAAUGUUUUGUGUCACACAAGAGGGCAGACGGCGAUACGCUCGCCUGUGCCUCCCAUGGCCCACCGUUGCAGCUCAUGCACGAAAAGAGCUGCGCCCUGUUGAGAGAAACAACACAUUUACUACAAAUCCACCAACGGCAUAUCUACCAAAACUGUUUGAGAAUCUCGACGCUUUACGACAUCUUUUCUCAUGCAAGUACCAACCUGAUUUCCUUGCAACGAAGCGCAGUGAACCUGGGUGUUUGAUUCUACACAAGGUGGAUGUGAUCGCCCCGCUCUGCACUCUUUCAGUCUAGGCUUCCCGCCCGGACCCUCUUCCACUCUGCUCUCCGUCAUCAUGUCUAAUUACAACGACUACGAGCGGUUCGUCCAUCAAAUGCAAACCUUCCGCGCAUCUGAUGAGGCCAGAGAGCAUUUCGUUAGCGAAAUUCUAGCAAAGUAUCAAGCCUUGUCCGAAGAACACGGCAAUUUGAAGAAUGAUUAUUUGAGUGAAAGGGAUAUCAGGCGAAACUACCAGAGAACCGUUGAAGAGAAACAGGGUUUGGUGGGGGAUUACGAACGUCAGCUUGAAGCGAGUUCGUUUGUAUUGGCACUUAUUGAUGGUGAUGGAGCUAUCUUUCAAGAUGCGUUACUUCAAGCCGCUGGUGGCGACGGUGGGUCGGAAGCUGCAUCACGAUUGUACCAUGCAAUGCGCGACCAUGUUGCUUCGCUCUACAACAAUUCCGGUAACUGGCCGAUUAUGGUCCAAGUCUAUCUAAGUCUCGAUAAGCUCUCACAAAAGUUGGCAUCGGUUGGCCUUCUUCGAAGUCCACAGGAAUUGCGAGCCUUUGCACAGCGCUUCAGCGUCAAUCAACCCUUAUUUAGUGUUAUCGACGUCGGUCACGGAAAGGAGAGGGCCGACCACAAGAUUAAGGAAAUGCUUCGCACCUUUAGCGACAAUCCUACCUGCCGUCACAUCAUCUUUGGUGGCUGCCAUGACGCAGGAUAUCUCCUAAAUUUCGAACACUUCAAACACAAUGCCGCCAAAGCCGGCCGGAUCACACUUCUGGAGACCACACCAGCUUACCGUGGAUUCACGGAUUUAGUCAACUUCAAACGCACUCGUUUCGACGACGUCUUCAGGAAUGAGCCCCUGCCCGAUUAUACGCCUCCUACCAACGGCUUCGGUCAGUUGGCCGUGCAGUCGCCGGUGCAGCCUGUAUCACAGCCGCAGCCCCUCUCUCGUUCCGUCACGAACGAUAACAAUACGUCGCCCACGUUCAUCUCGAGGGCCCCAGUGGUGUCUCCCUCGCCUAGCGUCACUCCGGUGUCAGCCGCCACACCUAGUGAAUCUAACGGCGACUCUUCGUGGGCCACUGUGGGCAAAUCUGGUGCUCCUGAAAACGGCAACAUUUCCGUCGUACCGACUACAACUGCUACUAAGAAAAAUACUAAGAAGAGGUAUGCUUAUUACAACAAAGGUGGACAACGGCUUGACGAACCACUGCCACCAAAAGAUCCUUCCGCUGUAGCUUCGCUUGAAGCACGCAUGAAAAAAGUAGGCAAGAAGAUGUGUAAUCACUGGCACCUUGGCGGUCACUGCGAGAAUGGAAAGUUCUGUCACUUCCAGCAUGAGCCGAAGCUUACAACGGCUGAACUGAACGCUUUGCGCUACAAAACACGCAGUUUGGCUUGUAAGAACCGCUACUGUGAAAACAUUGACUGCUAUCUCGGCCAUCAAUGCGCCCUCGAGCGCGAUCAAGGCUAUUGCUCAUUUCCUGACAACUGCCACCUCCGGGCUACGCAUGGUAUGGACAGGGUUAAGUAUGUCAGAUACGACAAAGAUGGUAAUGAGGAUUAUGCUCCUUAGUCAGAGUCGUCUGGCUGUGGAUAAGGGAUGUAAUGUUGGAUCAUUUUAAGGUUAUGCUCACAUGGAGAAGACGGUUUUGUUGUUUAGGAUACUAAAUUGUUGAUUAUAUGUCUCUACGACGCUACAAUUGUUAAGAUUUGGGCCUUUCUUCAAUUGUGUUUCGGUUAGAGUUCAAUAUAUUUUGUUCGAUG